CUUGUGGAAAACACCUGGUAAUUCAGAACAAUGUCACAAGGAUUGUAGGUGGAAGUGAUGCCAGAAGAGGGGCUUGGCCUUGGAUAGUUUCACUCCAUUUUAAUUCCAGACCCGUUUGUGGAGCUUCCCUUGUCAGUGAUGAAUGGCUAGUGACAGCAGCACACUGCGUAUAUGGGAGGCAAUUAAAACCACCUCAAUGGAAAGCAUUUCUUGGUUUGUAUGACCAAGCAGACAUGACACAGGCUUCAGUAAUAGUUCGAAACAUCGAUCAAAUAGUUAUAAACCCUCAUUACAUGAAGCGUACAAAAGAUAGUGAUAUUGCUCUCAUGCACCUUCAAUACAAAGUGCAAUAUACAGAUUACAUACAACCUAUCUGCUUACCAGAAAAAAAUCAACAGUUUUUACCAGGAAUUAACUGCUUCGUUGCUGGCUGGGGUAGUAUUAUGAACGAAGGUCCCACUUCAGAUAUAUUGCAAGAAGCAGAGGUCCCUCUCAUUUCGAAUGAAAAAUGCCAACAGUGGAUGCCAGAAUAUAGUAUUACUGAGAAUAUGAUCUGUGCGGGAUAUGACAUAGGAGGAGUAGAUUCCUGUCAGGGAGAUUCAGGUGGCCCUCUGACAUCUGAAGAUGGUAACAAGUGGUUUCUGGUUGGUGUAGUAUCAUUUGGCUAUGAGUGUGCACUUCCCAAACGACCAGGAGUGUAUGUUCGGGUCACCAUGUUUGUGGACUGGAUCAGAAAAAUAAUCUACUAG